CUUCGUACAGUGAUAACACAGUCAUUGUAUCUGGGAGACACUGAAUACAAAACUUUCAUCAUGGCUGGAAAGAAAUCUUCUCCUGCCAAGUUGGCUCAGGAUAAGAAGGCAAAGAGUGCGCCAUCUCUUCCUCCCCAGCUGAUCGCCUCCAUUGAAGCUUUUCUUACCGAGUCUGGAUUCACCAGUACCGGUAAGGCCUUUGCGAAAGAACAGGCCAGCAAAUCCGUUAGCAAGUCUCCGUCCGACUCCAAGAAUGCGCCCUCUUUGCUCGAAAUCUUCCAAAACUGGGCAGAUAACGGAAAGGCUACCGAAAAGUCUUCCGAUUCUAGCUCAUCAGAGAGCUCCAGCAGUUCCAGCAGCGAUGAAGAAAGCUCCAGCAGUUCGGAUGAGUCGAGCGACUCUGACGUUGAGAUGAACGAUGCGUCGAAAGCGCAGUCGAAGAAACAACCCAAGAGCUCCUCUUCCUCUUCUGACUCCGAUAGCGAUGCUGAUGAUGAGAGUGAGGAGGAGGCGGCAGCCCCUGCUCCUGCCAAACCUCAGGGUACGAAGCGGAAGGCCGAGUCUGAUUCGUCGUCUUCUGAGUCCGAGUCUGAGUCCGACAAAGCCCCUAAGAAUAAGAAGACAAAGAUCGCUGCUAAGAAAGAGAGCUCGUCCUCUGACUCCUCUGACUCUUCUGACUCUUCGUCCUCGGCCAGCGACUCCAGCGACUCCAGCGACUCGGUAUCCGAUUCUAGCUCCGACUCUGAUUCCUCUUCCGAAUCUGAGGAAGACACCACCAAGAAGGCUCCUAAGGCGAACCAGAAGACUGCGAAAAAGACAACCGAGCCCUCCUCUGAUUCCAGCUCUAGUGACUCUUCUUCCUCUUCCUCCGAGUCCGACUCCGAUGAGGAAGAUGCAAAGAACAACAAGACUUCAUCAUCCUCUCAGAGUUCCUCUGGCAGUGAAACAGUUCAAAACUCCGACUCGGGUGCCCAGAAGUCUACUAACAUUUCGACACCCAUGACCGGUUCGUCUAGUGCUAGCCCAGCCCCCGGAAAUGGCUCGGCCCAGAAAAAGCACACUGGCGCCCGCCCUACUCCUCUGGCUCUUCUUAGCGAACAGCCUACCGACCACCUGCUUUCCAACGACUACGUCCCCUAUGCUUAUGCUGACAGAGCCUUUAAGGAUCUCUCGGUCACUCGUGGCAAGGGCUUCACGAAAGAGAAGAACAAGAAGAAGCGCGGCUCUUACCGUGGUGGUCCCAUCGAUAUUUCCGGAGGCAAGUCGUUCAAGUUCGAGGACUAAGUGAGGCCAGUUGGUUGAGUUGGGUUGUGCCGGCUGCCAUCAUGUUCAACAUGCUAUCCUUUUUCUAGUACGCUCUACAAAAGUUUAGACCCUUAGAUCUAGCUUUGCAUAUUUAGAUCUUUUUACCCAUUUCUUUAUUCACAACUACAAGCAAGGCGCUGAUGGAGCUGGGACUUCUGUUUAAUAAUUCAUGCAAACUAUCACCAAAAAAAGUCUAAAUUUUUUAUCAA